GGUGGGCAGUCGGGUUUCUAUAGCGGCUCGGUUCGGUCGCCUCGACACAGUCGCAGCGCCGUCGGCGUCGCUUUAGGACCGUCGGAGCCGGUUUCGAAGGUGCACGAGCGGCAGCGGCGGCGGCAGCGAGGCAGUCUGAGGUGUGCUGGUGCCGCGUCGACACCGCUCGCUCCGCGCAGCCCGCCGCUCACCGGGCCGCAGAACAGAGAGUGACGUGCGUGCAACGGUCAGUGAUACCGUCCGACCCAGGCGCGUCAGAGAUCAGGGGCUGAUUUUACGAGUGGACCGGUCGAUAACGGCAUAAUCGACGCACCGACGACCCUACAAGACCGACAAGUGACCGCUACCGAGCAGCGAACGACAGAAGGGCAGGUGCGCCACGAUGGGCGUUCGGCCGACGUUCGGGCUGGUCGACUACUGCGUGUUCGGCGCCACGCUGCUGCUCUCGCUGCUGAUCGGCGUCUACCAUGCGGUGCGCGGCAAACAGACAAACGAGGACCUGCUGUUGGGCGGCCGCAGCAUGUCCGUGCUGCCCGUGGCCGUCUCCAUCAUGGUCAGCUUCCUAUCGGCCAUCCUCAUCCUCGGGUCGCCGGCUGAGAUGUACAUGAACGGCGUGCAGUACUGGAUCUGCAACACGGCCUUCUUCGUCAUCCUGCCGGCCGUCGCCUACCUGUUCCUGCCCAUCUUCUACCGGUGCGGGGUCACCUCUGUGUACGAGUACCUCCACUAUCGGUUCGACAACCGUCUGCUGCGGACGCUGUGUGUGCUGGUGUACCUGGUGCGCACCUCGCUGUACAUGGCCAUCGCGCUGUACGCGCCCAGCCUGGCGCUCAGUUUCGUCACCGGCCUGCCGCUGUGGAUCGCCAUCGUCGGCUCGGCGGCCGUCGGCACACUCUACACCGCCUUCGGCGGUCUAAAGGCGGUGGUGUGGGCCGACGUCCUCCAAGCAGCCAUCAUGGCCGCCGGAAUGAUCGCCAUGAUUGUCCAGGGAGCCAUCAACGUCGGGGGCUUCACAAACAUAUUUACAAUUAACGCCGAACAUCAAAGAAUGACAUUCUUCGACUUCACCUUGAAUCCGUGGCAAAGGCACAACUUCUGGAGCCUGUUCUUCGGCACGCUGUUCCUGUGGACGACCGUGUUCGGGGUGAACCAGACGUCCAUCCAGCGCUACAUCAGCCUGCCCACCCUGAAGGCGGCGCGCAUCGCCUGCCUGCUGAACGCGCCGGCCACGGUGCUGUACACUACGCUAGCCUGUCUCACCGGGCUGGCCAUCUUCGCCACGUACGCCGACUGUGACCCGCUCAAGGUCGGACUCGUCGAGAAAAAGGACCAGCUGGUGCCGUAUUUCGUGUUGGACCAGAUGUCCUACCUCACCGGCCUACCGGGACUGUUUGUGGCCUGCAUCAUGUCGGGAGCUCUCAGCACCAUUUCGUCAGGACUCAACUCACUGGCUGCAAUCACGUGGCAGGACUUCAUCAGCAACAUAGCGAUGUUCCAGAACAUGACAGAAGUCGCCAAGUCAUGGGUGACUCGCAUUAUCAGUCUGCUGUAUGGAGUCAUGGCCGUGGGCCUGGCGUUCCUGGUCAGCAAGUUCGGCGGUGUGCUACAGGCCUCGCUGGCCAUCAAUGGCGCCCUCAGCGGACCCGUUCUCGGAGUGUUCUCGCUGGGAUUAUUCAUACCCUUCGCCAACGGCAAGGGCGCCGUCGUCGGCAUGCUGUCGGCCAGCGCCCUCAGCAUGUGGGCAGUGUUCGGCGCGUACGGCUCCGGGAAGCGACCUGCCCCCCUGCCGACCUCGACUGCCGGCUGUAACGUGACGGCCCUGUCACUGAGCACGCCACUGCCGACCGAGCUGACCACACCGGUACCCACCGGCCUGCCCGAGGAGGAUAGCUGGAUCGACCAGUACGUGUACGGCAUUUCGUACCAGCUCUACAACAUGCUCGGCUGCCUACUGUGCGUCAUCAUCGGGUCCAUCGUCAGCCUUCUCACAGGCUGCAACGACCGGGAGGUGAACAAGAGUCUGGUGAACCCGCUGGCGUACAAACUGCUCAACUGGGUCAACUGCUGCCGAAGAGACUCCUCGGACGCCAAGUACGCCGCCGAUAACCCCAUCUUCACCAUGUCCACCUACAAGCAGACGGCGGCGGACUGAGGGCUGUAUUAUCGCGCAGUUUUGCAGAGCGUGGACAUCCCGGCUCAGUCAGUGAGCCGGCUGCCCUGCAGGUGCCGCGCUCAGCGUCACACAGGUGGCAGCGGCGUCUGCUGGGAUCGCUCGGGCGUCCUGCGAGGGACCGAGCUGCGCCGCUCGCUGAUCGACUUGGGUCGGAUCAGUCGCUUUUUGAUAUUUUAUCUUUUAUAAGUGUACGAAUGGAUAAUGAUUGUAAUGUUUUAAUCUAACAUUUGUAACUAGGUGACUCGUGCUUCACGCACCAAUAAAUAUAAAAAUACUCGA